AUGGUUUUCUCGAAGUCUUCACGGAGCGCUGGAUCGCUUUUGCUCUUGUCGCUGGCUGCACCCGCCAUCGCUUCUUCAUACUCGCUCGUCGAGACGUGGCAGGGAAAGAACUUCCUCGACUACUUUGGUUUCCACACCGGCGCUGACCCAACUAAUGGUUUCGUGACCUAUGUCAAUCAAAGCACUGCCGAGAGCUCUGGCCUGUUGAAGAUUACCGACUCCGGCAGUGUUUACAUCGGUGUUGACCACACAACUACUCUCAGUCCUAGUGGAAAGGGUCGUGACUCUGUGCGCAUCGGCACAACAAAAUACUAUGAUCAUUCUCUUGUCAUUGCCGACCUUGCUCAUAUGCCUGGUAGCAUCUGUGGUACUUGGCCCGCGUUCUGGUCGGUUGGUGAGUCGUGGCCCGGGGAUGGCGAGAUUGAUAUCAUCGAGGGUGUCAACUUACAGGACCACAACGAAAUUGUCAUGCAUACGUCUGGUACUUGUGCCUUGACCGAUGAAGGUAUGACAGGAGCUGUUAAUGCUACCGGCUGUGGUGAGGAUUUAGGCACAGUGGGAUGUGUUGUGGAGGGUGCUGAGGGGAGCUAUGGUACUUCCUUCAACAAGCAGGGCGGUGGUGUGUAUGCCAUGGAAUGGACUUCUUCGUUCGUCAAGAUCUGGUUCUUCCCGCGCUCUUCCAUUCCAGCUUCAAUCACUGCUGGUGCCCCUGAUGUCACCAAAUUUGGUACCCCCAUGGCUCUUGUGCAGGAUGGAUGUGAUGUCGCCUCCAGUUUCAAGGCUCAAUCUUUCAUCUUCGAUGUCACCUUCUGUGGUGACUGGGCUGGUGGCGUUUUUGCCAAGUCCAGUUGCCCCAUGGGCUCCAGCUCGGAUCCUUCGCAGAGCUGCAUCAAUUACGUCGCCGAGAACCCCUCUGCAUUUGAGGAGACUUACUGGGAAAUCAACUCCGUGAAGAUUUACCAGACUGGGGUGCACGCAUCCCUUUCGUCGACUUCGUCUGCCUCUACUGUCUCAUCCACCACUCAAUCCAUUAAGUCUGCUACCGCAUCAGCUGUCAGUACUGAGCGCAGUGUCGCGUCUACGACACUUGAAUCUUCUUCCUCUGCCUCUGAAUCAACUGCCGCCGUUACCUUCAAGGUUUCCAAGACCGGUGCCCGCACUGUCACCGAUUUUGUCACCGACUUCACGACUAUCUGCCCCGAGACCGAGGCCGCCCACGCCACUCAGGCAUCUGCGCAGUCCAGUGUUGUCCAGAGUGUAGCCACUACCCCCGUUUCCGGUGCUUACGCUCUCGGUACUUCCCCCGUUAGCACCGGUAGAAUUGUUACCGAUGUCGUUACCGAUACAACAACCAUCUGCCCUGAGACCGCCAGCGCAUCCGCAUCCAUUCACUACCAAUUCUCGCCAAAUGUCGAUUCAGAUUCCGCCUGGGAGACCCCCAGUGUCGGCUCGGGAGCUGAUGCCUAUUCCAGCCGAGUUGGUGUCCCAUCCUACCCAGCCGUAGUCGCACCCUCUGCAACCCCAACUGCCUGGGGUGGUGCGUCCGCAGACUACACAAAAAAACCAUCCCAAUCACCAAAUGUGUCUCCCAGCACCGUAACAGGCCUACCAACAAUAAUCCCAGCCCCCGGUGUUGUUCUCGGCUCAGCCAACAUCCCAACAUUCUACCCAUCUGCAACCUCAGCAUCCGGCAAUUCUGCCGCUUCAGUCUCAUUUGAUAGUCCCUCCAGUACUUCCAGCGCUGUUUUCAAUGCAGUAUUCACUGGCGUAGCGGAUAAAAACUCUGCUAAGUAUUCAUUACUUGCUGCUGCUUUGGGUCUUGCUUUGGUUGCAUAA